GCCCACCCCCACUCCCCACUUUCGCCCUCACAGUCUCUCUCAAGUCUCUAACCGGAUCUACAAACCCUAACCAACAUUUACAGAAGAUACCAAGCAAAUCCACGAUAGAGAGUCAAAAUUAUUCUCAAAUCGAAUCAAAGUUACUGAAAUCCAUUUCCAAUAUUUAAUUUAGGUUAAACAAUUGAUUUUCUGUUUUGUGUAAUUUUUUACUCCUUCAUCGUCUUUGUGUUCUGUGAUUAGUGAUUACUGCAAUUCAAAGCAAGGACACAGUUUUGCCUUAGCUUCGAUUGCAAUUAACCAUGGCCCUACAAAAAUUUUGAAACUGUCAUCCGUUUCUCUUUCUAUCUCUACAUACACUUCAAUAGAAAACCCACACAGGAUCAUCAUUCAUAUGGCCUCCAAAAACCAGAACAAGCCUCCUUCGAGUCCUUCACAGAGCAAGUAUAACGACGAGGUUCAGGUAGAUAAGCGGCGCAGAAUAGGGAACAUGAAAAUGCUGGCGAAUACUGGGACAAGAGCACUAACCAGGCAAGCUUUUUCUGUGGUUAAUGGGGCCCAAGAUGUGUCCCAAACUGCAGGGCCACCUAGCACUGCCAGUUCUGAUUGUGGUGUAAUUGAGUUCACCAAAGAGGAUGUGGAGGCAUUACUCCACGAGAAGCUCAAAGUGAAGAAUAAAUUUAACUACAAGGAAAAAAGUGAGCAGAUGUCCGAGUGCAUUAAAAAGCUCAAACAAUGCAUCAGGUGGUUCCAGCAACUUGAAGGAAAUCUUGUUACAGAACAGGAGAAACUGAAGAAUUUGCUGGAAUUAGCAGAGAAGAAAUGUAAUGAUAUGGAGUUGUUGAUGAAAGCAAAGGAAGAAGAGUUGAAUUCAAUGAUUAUGGAGUUGAGAAAGAAUCUGGAGGUACUACAAAAGAAGUUCACAAAGGAGGAACUGGAUAAAUUGGAAGCAUUGGAGUCUUUGGCAAAAGAGAAAGAUGCUAGACUAGCUGCAGAGAGAAUGCAGGAUUCCCUUUCAGAAGAGCUGAAGAGAACUCAACAAGACAGCUGUAGUGCCAACCAGAAGAUACAAUCACUUAAUGAUAUGUACAAGCGGUUGCAGGAGUAUAACACGAGUUUACAGCAAUAUAAUAGUAGACUUCAGUCUGAACUUGCUGCAACAAAUGAGACACUUAAAAGAGUUGAGAAAGAGAAGGCGGCAGUGGUGGAAAACUUGAGCAGUUUGAGGGGACACUAUACAUCUUUGCAGGAGCAGCUAACUUCAUCAAGAGUUUUGCAAGAUGAGGCUAUCAAACAGAAGGAAGCACUAGGAAAUGAAGUUGUUUGCUUGAGGGGUGAUUUGCAACAAGUAAGAGAUGAUCGGGAACGCCAGUUGUCACAAGUCCAGUCUCUAUCAGCUGAAGUAGAAAGAUAUAAAGAGUUCACCGGGAAAUCUUUUGUGGAGAUAGAUAACCUGACUGUAAAAUCAAAUGAGCUGGAGUCGACGUGUUUGUCUCAAAGUGAGCAAAUAAGGCAAUUGCAGGAGCAGCUAGCUUUUGCAGAAAAGAAGUUGCAGCUGUGUGAUUUAUCAGCGUUGGAGACAAAAACAGAAUUUGAGGAGCAAAAAGAACUCCUUCUUGAGUUACAGAAUCGUGUGGCUGAUGCAGAAUUAAAAAUUGUAGAAGGAGAGAAGAUUCGGAAGAAAUUACACAACACUAUACUGGAGUUAAAAGGGAAUAUCCGUGUUUUCUGUAGAGUGAGACCUCUAUUGUCUGAUGAUGGAUUUGGAACUGAUGCUAAAGUUAUCUCAUUCCCUACAGCAAUGGAAGCACCUGAUCGAGGCAUUGAUUUGAUGCAAAAUGGACAAAAACACUCUUUUACUUUUGACAAAGUGUUUACACCUGAAGCCUCCCAAGAAGAUGUCUUCGUUGAGAUAUCACAACUUGUUCAAAGUGCUCUGGAUGGGUACAAGGUUUGUAUCUUUGCUUAUGGACAAACUGGUUCUGGCAAGACAUUUACAAUGAUGGGCAAGCCAGGUAUACCUUAUCAGAAGGGUUUGAUCCCACGAUCCUUAGAACAAGUUUUUGAGACCCGGCAAACUCUUCAGUCUCAAGGGUGGAAAUAUGAAAUGCAGGUGUCAAUGCUUGAAAUAUACAAUGAGACAAUACGAGACUUGUUAGCAACAAAUCGAUCAGGGUUUGAUGCACCUCGGCCAGAGAACAUGGGAAAGCAAUAUGCUAUAAAACACGAUGCAAAUGGAAACACUCAUGUUUCCGAUCUCACGGUUGUUGAUGUUCGCAGUAGCAAAGAGGUCUCAUAUCUUCUAGAGCGGGCAGCACAUAGCAGAUCCGUUGGCAAGACUCAAAUGAAUGAACAGUCUUCGAGAAGCCAUUUUGUCUUUACACUACGAAUAAUGGGUGUUAAUGAGGGCACUGAUCAACAAGUGCAAGGCGUCCUCAAUCUAAUUGACCUUGCUGGUAGUGAGCGUCUCUCUAAGAGUGGAUCUACAGGAGACCGCUUAAAAGAAACCCAGGCUAUCAACAAGAGUUUAUCUUCACUAAGUGAUGUUAUAUUUGCCUUGGCAAAGAAGGAGGAGCACGUUCCAUUUAGGAACUCAAAGCUAACAUAUCUUCUCCAGCCUUGUUUAGGUGGAGAUUCAAAGACAUUGAUGUUUGUCAACGUUUCACCGGAUCCUUCAUCUGUUGGUGAAUCACUUUGUUCACUACGUUUUGCAGCACGUGUAAAUGCUUGUGAGAUUGGCAUCCCCAGGCGCCAAACCAACCUUAGAUCUAUUGAUUCUCGCCUUAGCAUUGGCUAAAUUUUUAAAUAAUAAGUGUUCUAGAUUUAGGAAAAGUGUGUAAUUUUAUUUCAAAGGCAUUUAAUUUUUAACCAUGAACAACAGGCCCUUCUAACAGUAUUCGUGUGUGAUUUGUAUGUAAAAUCUAUACUGUCUUUGUAUCACCGAUACCCGACGAAAUUGCCUUUUUCUGUCAUUGGAGUGUAUCAAUGGUGACGUACAUUCGGAUAUUUAAUGUUUUCUACGAAUUUGUUAAGGAAAAUCAAAUGCAAUCUGUAUUUGAAUGGGAAAA